AUGUCUCCCUCAAUCACAUCUGCAAACCAGACGUACAGCAUCGCGUCCAUCCCGGCCGAUGGUAUCGGUCCGGAGGUCAUCAGUGCUGGGAUCACGGUACUGAAAGCCUUGACCGAGACUCUAGGAACUUUCAAGCUCAAUUUCACAAACUAUGACUGGAGUUCCGAAACGUACAAGAAGACAGGGAAAUACAUUCCCGAGGGGGGGCUUGAGGAACUGAAAAAGCAUGAUGCUAUCUUCUUUGGUGCCGUAGGCGCCCCAGACGUACCCGAUCACAUCUCGCUUUGGGGUCUGCGUCUGGCCAUCUGCCAAACCUUCCAACAGUAUGCCAAUGUACGACCAACCCGUGUAUUCCGCGGUACCGAGUCUCCGCUCCGCAACUGCAAACAAGGGGACCUGGAUUGGGUCAUUGUUCGCGAAAACAGCGAAGGUGAAUACGCCGGACAAGGCGGCCGUUCGCACACGGGAAAGCCAUGGGAGGUAGCGACCGAGGUCGCGAUCUUCUCUCGUCAUGGAGUGGAACGGAUCAUGCGAUUUGCCUUUGAGACCGCUCAGCAACGUCCCCGCAAGCUCUUGACGGUCGUGACCAAGAGCAAUGCGCAGCGCAACGGGAUGGUCCUCUGGGAUGAAGUUGCCCAAGCUGUGGCGAAGGAGUUCCCGGAUGUCACCAUGGACAAGAUGUUGGUCGAUGCGAUGACAACCCGUAUGGUGUUGAAGCCGGAGAGUCUGGACACUAUCGUGGCAUCUAAUCUGGUCAAUCACCCGCUCCCCCCCCCCCUCUCCCUCCAUGCCGACAUUCUCUCGGACUUGGCGGCGUCGUUGGCUGGAUCCAUUGGCAUUGCACCCACGUCCAAUCUCGACCCGACCCGCGAGUAUCCGAGUAUGUUUGAGCCUAUUCAUGGCUCUGCGUUCGACAUUACGGGGAUGGGCAUCUCCAACCCUGUCGCUACCUUUUGGACCGCAGCCGAGAUGCUCGCGUGGCUGGGCGAGCAGGAUGCGUCGAAGCAGCUGCUCGAUUGCGUCGAAAACGUGUGUGAACAGGGCGUCCUCACCCGCGAUUUGGGCGGAAAGGCAACCACCAAGGAGGUCACUGAGGCUGUCGUGGCUGAGAUCGGAAAGCUUGCGACCAAAUAG